UUUAAUGCUAAAUCCAUUGAUGUGAAGACCAGCUCAGGUACAGUAAGAGGACAACAGAUACAAGUGCUCGACAAACGGCUCAAUACUUUCAUAGGUAUACCAUAUGCUGAGCCACCAGUAGGUAGUCUACGAUUUGCUAGACCUAAACCAUUGACAAAACCAUUUCCCGGUAUUAUUGAUGCCACCAAAUCAAAGAGCUCAUGUAUGCAAGGCGGCACCGGACAAAUGUCCGAAGACUGCCUGUUCAUCAACAUAUGGGCGCCAGAAAACAUGACACAAUUGAAACCAGUAAUGUUUUGGAUCUAUGGUGGCGGCUAUGGCUCCGGAUCUAUAUUUUCUGGCGCUAACGAUGCCAAGGCAUUGGCCACCGACGAUGUUGUAGUUGUGUCAGUUAACUACCGACUCAGGGCUUUUGGAUUUAUCUAUGCGGGACAGGACAGUGAUGUGCCCGGAAAUAUGGGACUCUAUGAUCAAGUGUUGGGACUUAAAUGGAUGCGCGAAAACAUCCAUUUGUUUGGCGGAAAUAAAGAUAUGAUUACAAUAUUUGGUGAGAGCGCCGGCAGUUGGUCGGUAUCGGCACUGGUAUUGUCGCCACUGACUAAAGGAAUGUUCCGGAGAGCUAUCCUACAAUCGGGCGCUGAUUAUCACAAUCUAAAAGGCGGUGGUUUGGUUAAUACGGAAAGUGCGUUAAGUGCCAGUGAAAAGAUGGCCAAACAUUUUAAUUGUACGGUUGAUAGCAAUCAGGAAGCAGUCAACCGGUCUAACAAAUGGGUGGACUGUUUGCGUAAAGUAGACUCAAAGCUUAUUAAUCAAUAUCCAUAUCCCGGUUUGUUUCCAUUGGAUGGCACAGAGUUUCUACCGUUGACGGCACAGGAGGCCAUAAAACAACAUAAGUACAACACAGACGUCGACAUAAUAGCCGGUUGUAAUCGCAAUGAAGGAUCCAAUUUGGCGCCGAAAACAUCGGAAAAAUAUACGGAACAGGUAUUUGUCAAACAAGUGACUAAUGCUAAUCACACGUUUCACGAGUUGGACAUCAAUCGGAUCAAAGAGUUUUAUCUGAAUGGUGUCAACACAUCAGAUCCAGAAGCUGUUCACUGGGCGUUCACUGAGUUUUACGGUGACGUCUUCAUGAAGUGUCCGACAUAUUUGUUGGCCAAAGGUUUCGCCGAACAUUCAACUGCUGGCCGAAACGUCUACUUCUAUGAGUUGACUUAUCAGAGCGCCGGUAUGUCAAAGCAUUGUCAGGGUGUCUGUCACGGCGCCGAACUGGAGUUUGUUUUUGGUCGACCACUGGUCAGUUCGGGUCCCAAAAUUGAUCAACAAUUGAGUCGUGAAGUAAUGUCCUAUUGGAUCAACUUUGUUAAGACUGGUAUACCUACCAGUGCUGAUAAAUGGCCAAAACUAUUAGCCGAUCCGAUAACACCAAAAAUUAAAGAUAUUAAUCCAAAUAAUUUCAAGAAGAUAUUAGAUAAUCCAUUCAAUAGGGUUUGCAAUGAAUUUUGGGGAAAAUAUUUUCAAUGA